UAUGCAGCCUCAGCAAUCAGCGGACUCUUCUGCUGCUCCAUUAUGCACGCUAUCACAGUUCCUGUGGACGUGGUGAAAACGAGGAUGCAAUCUCCUUCUUUCAAGUACAAGGGGCUGCGGCAGGGGCUGCAGACGCUGAAGAAGGAGGAGGGGAUGAAAGGACUCAUGCGCGGCGCCUGGCCGACGGUCGUCGGGUACUCGUGGUAUGGCCUGACGGUCUACCCGGGAUAUGAGAUGUUCAAGCGGAUGUUUAUCGCCAUGGCCGCUGGCGCUGCCUCCACUGCAGUCGCCUGCCUUGGAGUUUGUCCUGCGGAGGUCACGAGGAUCCGAAUGGUUUCCAACCCCUCCUAUGGAUCCGGCGCUCUUGCCGUUGCUGGACGGAUCAUCAAGGAGGAAGGGUUCUUCCGGGGGUUGUACGAGGGGUUCUCCUUCCUCCUGACCCGACAAGUCCUCUUCGGAAUGGUCAAGUUCUUCGUUUUCGACACCUUCGCCUCCACCAUCUACUCCUUCUUCCCCGUCCUUGGCGAGCAGGCUAUCACUCAGCUCCUCGUCUCCCUCGUUGCCGGCCUCGUCGCAGCAGGGGUCAGCAGCAGCAUCGUCUCGCAGCCUGCGGACUCGGUUCUGACGAGGAUGAAGGACAACUCAUCUGGAUGGCAGGCGACGGUCGUGCUGGACAUAUGGAGGAACAUGGGGCCUCGUGGGUUCUUUGCGGGUCUAGGCUCUCGCUGCGUGUGGGCUGGCGCGAUCAUUGCCGGGCAGUUCCUCCUCUACGAAGUCUGCAAGAAUAUCUUCCAGAUCACGGCGGACGACCUCGCCCUCUUCCUCGAUGUACUCCUUCCUCCUCCACUUCCCUCCCCCUCCCCCUUCCCAUCCUCCUCCCCCUCUUCCUCCUCCUGA